GGGGAAGAAAAAGAAUCUUGGACCAUGAGGAAUAUAUUAUCUUCCUCUUAUCUUUAACAGAAAUUCACAAAGCAAAUGAUUGGCAAAUUAUUUGACAUGAGUCUUAUUCAGAUUGAAAAAUAAAGAAUCUUGGAACAUGAGGAAUAUGUUAGUACACCAAUUUAGAGUACCAAGAUUCACCACUGGAGCUGCUAACACUAUUACUCUGCCACCCUUUUGUUAUAUGGGCGCUCCUCAACUAAUUCCGACUAUUCAUUUCCUACUCAGUUGACAGUUCUCAUUGCCCUGUUCAUCUCUCUCCGGAAUUGUCCAUUUCAAGCAGCUAUCCUUCAGACCCCUUUUGGCCCUUCUUAUGACGUUUGUCAGUUUGCUCAGAAAUGGAAAGUGCUGAAGCCAGCCCUCUCAAAAGAUACCCUCUAGGUUUGGAUGAAACCUCAGAGGAAGAAUACUCUUCUCAGUCUACUUUGCUCCAAGAUUUUGCUAGUAUCCCUACCAUUGACAAGGCAUGGACUUUCACAUCUACCAGUGGUUCUCAGUGUAUGUUCUCAAUCAGCCAGUCAAAUCUCCUUGCCAACAAAAACAGGAGAUACAUAUUAUCUAGUCAUAUUUCGAAGGGAAGUACAAAUGGUGUAAGCUUUCAAUGGGCUGCCUUCCCUAUUGAGAUGCCUAGCGGGUCGAUAAUGGUUCCAUCACCUUCAGGUUCAAAGCUUCUUGUUGUUAGAAAUCCUGAAAAUGAUUCUCCAACCAAAUUCGAGAUUUGGAGUCCAUCUCAAGUCGAGAAGGAGUUUCAUGUCCCGCUCUCUGUCCAUGGCUCUGUAUAUUCGGAUGGAUGGUUUGAGGGAAUUUCUUGGAAUAAUGAUGAAAACUUUAUUGCGUACGUCGCUGAGGGGCCGACUCCCUCUAAGCCCGUGUUUAAUCAUUUAGGGUACAAGAAAGGGAAUUCUACAGAUAAGGAAUGUGGUAGCUGGAAAGGUCAAGGUGAUUGGGAAGAGGACUGGGGGGAAACUUACCCUGGAAAAACAGAACCUGCUAUUUUUGUUAUCGAUGUUAACAGUGGAGAAGUACAUCCUGUUGAAGGAACAAGGAAACUUAGUGUUGGACAAGUUGUGUGGGCUCCAGCUUCGGGAAGCUUGCAACAAUAUCUGGUUUUUGUUGGGUGGCCAUCAGAUACUAGAAAGUUGGGCAUUAAGUAUUGCUAUAAUAGGCCGUGUGCGUUGUACGCUGUUAGAGCUCCAUUUUCAAAAUCAGAAGAUCACCAAUCUGGAACUAAUGCAAGUGAAGAAGCAUCUCCUGUUAAGCUGACACAAAGAAUAAGUAGUGCAUUCUUUCCUCGUUUCAGCCCAGAUGGAAAGGCCCUUGUGUUUCUGUCUGCAAAAAGUUCCGUAGACUCUUGGGUACAUUCUGCAACUCAAUCACUUCAUAGAAUUGAUUGGUCCCCAGAUGUGAAGCCAAGUCCAGAUGCUGAUAUUGUUGAUGUGGUUCCUGUUGUGAUGUGCCCCGAAGAUGGCUGUUUCCCCGGCCUUUACUGUUUUAAUUUGCUAAGAAAACCUUGGCUUUCUGAUGGAUAUACCAUGAUUUUAUCUUCUGUCUGGGGAAGCACUGAAGUAAUACUUUCAGUGAAUGUGUUGAGUGGAAAGGUGUCACGCAUUAGCCCAGAAAAUUCGAACUUUUCUUGGAGCUUGCUUGCGCUAGAUGGCAAUAACAUUGUUGCUGUCUGUAGCAGUCCCGCUGAUGUUCCUGAAAUCAAGUACGGUAGCCUUGUCGUAAAAUCAUCUGCGGAGGCCUCAUGGAGUUGGCUAGAUAUUUCAAGUCCCAUAUAUAGAUGCUCUGAAAAGGUUAUUUCUCUGCUGUCAUCCUGCCAAUUUAGUAUUAUUAAAAUUCCAGUCAGAGAUGACUCCGGGAACCUUACAAAAGGUGCCGGCAACCCAUAUGAGGCUAUCUUCGUAUCCUCCAAGUCUAAGAGCCAUAAUCUGUGUGAUCCGCUAAUCGUUGUCCUUCAUGGGGGUCCUCACUUCAUUUCAUUAUCAAGCUUCUCUAAGUCCUUAGCUUUCCUUUCCUCAAUUGGUUAUAGCUUGUUGAUUGUUAAUUAUAGAGGCUCCUUGGGAUUUGGUGAGGAAGCACUGCAAUCUCUUCCAGGGAAAAUUGGAUCACAGGAUGUUAAUGAUGUGCUAGCUGCUAUAGAUCAUGCUGUUAAUAUGGGACUCGCAGAUCCAGCUAAAAUAGCCGUGCUUGGCGGCUCCCAUGGUGGAUUCUUGACGACACACUUGAUCGGCCAGGCGCCAGACAAGUUUGCUGCAGCAGCUACAAGGAAUCCUGUUUGCAGCCUUCCUUUGAUGGUUGGUACAGCUGAUAUCCCUGAUUGGUGCUAUGCGGAGACGUUUGGAAAACAGGGAAAAUUGAUGUAUGCUGAAGCUCCUUCAUCUGAACACCUUGCUGUCUUUCACAGCAAAUCACCGAUAUCACACAUCUCCAAGGUCAAAACUCCUAUACUCUUCCUGUUAGGUGCCAAGGACCUCCGUGUACCAAUAUGUACAGGAUUGCAAGUUUGUAUUAUCAUGUAUAGUCGAGGGCAAUGGCGAAGCCAGAAAUGUUUCCAAGGGUGUUCAGACUUGAAAGAACUAAAAAAAAUUCUCAACAAAGGGCGUUCAAUAUAUAUUUUAUACAUCUAAAAGCAAUAUUUUACUUAUAUACACAGUGUAAUUUUUCGUAAUAUUUCGGUGAAGGGUGGUCAGUUGACAACCCUUUGAAAAAGGUGGCUUCGCCCCUUGUCGAGGGUCUAUUGGAAACAACCUCUCUACCUUCACUAGGUAGGGGUAAGGUCAACGUACACACUACCCUCCCCAGACCCCACUUGUGGAAUUAUACUGGGUUUGUUGUUGUACAUUGCAAGGAUCAUUCAUUUGCUUUAAUGUACCUGCAUUGAGCGGGUGUGUCAUGAGUGUGGGUUUUAUGCAGAUUCUUGAAGAUACACAAAAUAUUAGCGAAAACCUGAACACGCCAUAUUAGAUACUUACACAGACCCAUACCAGAUAGUUGAGUCCAUGUAACAUAGAUUCCCACAAUGAUGAUAUAUUUUUCAUUUUUCACCAUUAAUUCCUAGUAUGAUUAUAUUGUUUAGAAGAAUAUCCAGUGACUGGCUCUACAUUAAGGCAAGUAAUGCUAUUCUUUUUCUAUUUAUCAGUAAUCUUUUUUAGAAAGGACUUUUCUUGAACAAGUCAGUCUCAAUCAACUAUGUAAUGAAUAUCAAUUUAGAAACAUGAAUAAGUGAAUUGUGGUUAGUCCAUGUUAUAAGAUGUAUAAUUUCAGAAAGUAAAUGCUUUU